CUAUGAAGGGAGCUAGAGCCGCCUCAGUUAGCGCAGCGACCCUAUGUGCUGCUGGUUUGAUUUUAAAGGGGGAACUUUCACGCGCACGUCUGCGUUGCUAUCGGUACCUGUAUUGUCUUCAUUUAUAGUUUAAAUACGGCGGCCUGAAAUAAAGCAGAACAAUGACUAAACUGGAUCGCCUGAACACUUUCAUGACCGAGCGCUUGAUGGCUGCUGUGAAGGAGAUCAUCUUCACCGUCGGCAGAACGGUUCGGGAGUAUGAGGAGGAAACGGAGCGAAUCCGGAGCGAAAACAAACGGCUCAAAGAAAUGUUGCGAGACUCUGGGUGCUUCAGUGAAGAAACAAAUACCGGUUUUUCAGCUCCUGCGCAGUCUUAUCAGCCCGUCUCCCCUGGGCAGCCCGGAUGGAUCUGCCGCCAGAACGAGGAGCCAGAACCAUUUGAAGAGAUCCAGCAGGACCAAAGCCAGAGGCUCGGCGAACAGCAUCCCUUCAUAAAACCGGAAAAGCCUGAGUACUCUGUCGACGCUUACAGGGAAUCUGUAGCUUUGCCAUCAAAAGCCAGCAGCAACCACGAAGGCUCUCACGUGUGUGUCGAUCACACUGACACAAACCCUAGCGAGGAUGACAUGACAAACUGUCAUUUCCCAUCUAAAAUCAAAGUUGAAUUCAUGAACUCCAGCUUGUGUUCAGGCGAUGCAAUGGGAAGCACCGAAGAUGCAUAUCAGAGCUGGUCGCCGCACAGUCCAGAUUUACCUUUAGGGGCUUCAGACAUCUACAGAGCACAGCACCCGAACCAGCCAAGAUGUGCUAACAGCGAAGCUCCUGCCACGGUAUCUCAGCACAGCAGUUCAUCUCACGAGGCCAAUCACGUUUCCUAUCACAACAUAUUGUGUACGAACAGGGCAUACUGUAGCAGUAAAUGCUGUGAAAUGCAAAAGAGGACGAUAGCCAAAUCAAGCCCUGUAUGGAAGUAUUUCUCUCUAAAAGAGGGAGACUGUAGCAAAGCAGUGUGCCUUAUGUGUAGGGCCGUCAUAUCUCGAGGUCGCAAAGAAUACACAACGUCAGCUCUUCUAAAGCACCUUCGGAUGAAACAUGGAAAUGCGCUAAUCUUUGGCAGUGCUAAGAAGAGACGAAUGAAAGAAAUUACGAGAAAGACUGUGUGAAAACCACUCUCAGCCAGUAUGGAUACUGACUGUUGUGCAUCAUUUCAAACUAAUUGUUUCAUCAAAAUCGACAUCAAAUGGAGUUGGUUGAGAUAGGGAAGUCAGAAACGUAAGCAUACAGUAAGUCCUGGGAGCUAUUUGGUUAUGGUUGCCGAGAAAGAGUUUACAGAGAAACCUUUAGCCUGUAAGUAACUAGAACCAGUUAAAUCAUUGUAUUGUUUAACAAAAUAACAGGAUGUACAUACCAGCUAGUACAAGAUUAAUGUCAAAGAACAGUUAUGAAAAGAAAUAGAUUUAACAAUUUUACAGACAUUUACAGAAUAUUUUACCACCCACUGAAAUGUAAGAUUUUCAGGCUUGAUGUUUUGAACUUGAUUUUUUGUCUUUUAUACUCAUUUUUGCAAUAAAUGAAUCAUGGUUUAACAGUC